AUUCAAGGAUUUAACCAGGGAUUCAAAACGGAGAACAAUAACAGCAGCAAACAAUCUAAGAUGGUGUUGACUGUAUGUUUUCUGGCUCUUGGCCUCAUCUGGACAGGAAUGGCUGCCAAAUCUGUUGCUCGGCCAUGUGACCAGCACAUGUUCGACAGUAAUGUUGACGACUGUCUGUCAGCAUUCAACAACAGCAUGAAGACGAGCGACUAUCAGGACAGGUGUCCAUGGCCAACAGUAAAAGGCAUCUACAACCAACUGUGCCUUUGUGUGGACGCCUGGGCCAAAAAAUCUUGGUGCAGGGGUAAAUGGUUUUUGGUCGACAAGGUCUUCUUGGCUGUCCACCAGACGUACUUUUCACAUUGUGGACUGGUCCAAGACCCCCCUCUCAUCACUUUUAUCAUGUUAAUAUCACCUUGUAUCAUUAUUACCCUCCUUGUGCCUUUUCUGUGUCUUUCUCUCACCACCAAAGGACUCACUUGUUUGACAUUUUGGAGGUCUGAUCAGUUGAGCUGACCUAAAUUAACACUUCUACCUCCCGUAUACUCGGUAAAUUAAACCUCUGGCACAACACCAUAUGUUGACAUUGUCCCCAAAACACAUGA